AUGUCUGCAAUCACAGAAAAACGACGAGAAUCUUCAAUCCUCAAAUCGGCACAGUCCGCACCGGCGAAUUCCACACCUACCCGGCACAAAGUGCGAUUCGCACAGCUGUCCAUCGAAUCCGCAUUGCACGAUGUGCUGGAAAAUAACCGGGUAGUGGAGUACGAGGAGCUACUGCAGAAUCUGCGAGAAGAAAGUUUCACGGACAAAAAAUUUAUAGAAGUAUUCGUAGAAGCCAAAGAAGCAGUUCCACUUAUGAAACCCUACUUUGGCAUGUUAGUUGAUUUGCUGCUUUCGCAGCGAUGGAUCGAUCGUUCCGACGAGGCACAGGAUGCGUACAAAGAGUUUGUGGUAGAGCUGUCGAUUGUGCAGAAGAAUUUUUGCUCAAUGACCGUAACGAAGCUGCUGAAGCUGUUUCUUCCUACAAAUGAGCUACAAAAGAACAUCCUACCGGACGAGCAGCAGCAGCGACAGCUCGCUUCGGUGCAUGAUCUGAUAGUAAGACUGAAAAAUGUGAUACCGAUGAUAUUCGACGUCGUGCUGACGCAGCUCCGAAAGCAGUUUCCCUACCACAAGAAGCCAACCCAGGAGGUGAUCGGUUUCCUGUACAACGUCCUGCGGAUAAUGGAGUACGCCUCGAUCUACUGUGAUGAGCUGCUGGACAUCGUGUUCUAUCACCUGCUGCAAACGGACGUCAACAUACCGCGUUCCGACAUCGAAAACAGCGAAUACGCGGACGAGGAAAUGAUAUUCGAAAUGGCCGCAGGCGAGGAGUACGACGAGAGCGACAACGAGACCAUGAAACACCCGAUAGCGGAAACCCUUGACUGGUUCAUGGAGCUGCUGUUUAGCUACAUCGAGCAAAUGGUGAAGGCAGACGGUCAAGGGGAUCGGAUUUUCAAAAUCCUGCUAAACCAGUUCGAAUCACACAUCCUGCCGGCCCACAACACAGACCAUGCCCAGUUCGUGAUGUUUUACAUCUGCAGCUUCAAGAUAUCGUACAUGGAACACUUCAUCAGUUCGCUCUGGAAGAACGUGAGCAACCCGAACAAACCGCCCGGAGUGCGGCAGGCAUCGGUCGGAUACAUUGCCAGCAUGUUAGCUAGAGGCAAAUUCGUUCCCUUAAACUACCUUAAGUCGAUGCUGCUGGAAAUGUCGCAGUGGGUGCACAGCUACAUUCAACGCUGCGACUCGAUGCACUACAAUCAAUCGCUAAAAGCACACGUCGUCUUCUACUCCGUCUGCCAGGCGAUCUUCUACUUGGUGGCGUUCCGUAGCAACCACCUCACAGCGAGCGCCAAAAAUCUCACGUUUCUGCAUUCACUGCAGCUGUCCUCGAUCGUAACCUGUCAGCUGAAUCCAUUGCGAGUGUGUUUGCCUACGGUGGCUACGGCGUUUGCGGGUAUAACGCGGGCGUAUCAGCUCGCCUACUGCCACACCAUUCUGGAGCGUAACGCACGCCGUCGGUUGGCCACGGUAUAUCGGAACUGCACGCUGCUACCGGAGGACUGCCUGGACACGUUCUUCCCGUUCGAUCCGUACAUGCUGAAGAAAUCUGGCAAGCGCAUCGAACCGUUCUACCUACAGUACCAGGCACACGAUACGGCGGAAGAGGAUACGGGGGAUGCGAGUGGCAGUGGAGAUAAUCGGCGUAAACGGUAUGAAUCCAUCUCCGAGGACAUCGACGACUUCAUACCCGAAAGCAAGCGGCACAAACAGCAGCCCAGCGCUAGUGGAGUGGAUUUGAACGGAGAGUUUACAUACUCGUAUGGAGUAUCUCCGGGGUUUCAUAGUUAA